UGUUAUGGUUUGUGAGCGGUAUGUCGGGCGAGAGCAAUAGUAGUGUCAGCCACACGAGUGAUGAAGACAUGUCGGAAGAAGAUAGUGAUGACACGGUGUGUGAAGAUGAGGUCACUGUCGCUUCUGUGGCGGACCAAUUACGAAAGGCGCUUCUACACGCAGACAACGCGAAAGUGGAGUGUGAAAUGGUGCCUGAAGCGACACGCAGGAUGGUCGUCGACUGUUUCUCUCUUGGAAACGGCGACCGAAUGACAAGUAUUCACGCCAGUCGCUUGCAGAAGGACAAGGAAACGUUACUUGUGCAAGUUGAUGUGUUGAGUGAGCGAUUGGAGGCUCAGACUGCCAAGGUUCGACCUUUAGCCGAAAAGGUGAAGCUUCUGGAAGCGCAAUUUGCGAAAGGAUGUGAAGAGAAUGAUCGAUUGAAAGCAUCUUUGCUUCAGGAAACACAAAAGAGAUCAACUUUGCAACUUCAAACGAGAGACAUGAUGUCUGAGUUGAACAGCUUGCGACGACAGACCUCAACGAGCAGUAGAUCUGCCACAGUUGCGGGAAGAAUGAACAGACAUCUCUCAGACUCAGAGUUAGUGGGAGUGAGAGAAGCUCAUAUAUUGCUGUUGCAAGAAGAAGUUGAUCGAAUGUCUAAGGAAAAGACAGCUGUGGAUGCUGAGAACAGUAGUUUGAAGGAACAAGUUGCACAUUUGGAGCAAUGUCUGUUUAACCAAGAGAAGAAGAUCACCGAGUUGAAAGGAACAGUGCAGAAGUACAAGAGGGUUCAGGACAUGGUUCGCAGUGCUAGCCUAAGUGUUGGACGACGGCCUGGUGAUAGUUGUGCACUAAUGUCACCAUUUAGUUCACCAUCAGAACAGUUUGUAUUUUCACCCGACUACAUUUCUGGUGAUGGAAGAAUAAGACGAGCUUCGUUUGAAGAAGAAGGAAGUCAAGAGAGAGUGAAGGGUCGAAGAGAACAAGGGUUUUCUAAAGGAAAAUUUAUGCCACAGUUUGGCAGAGUGUCUGGGAGGAGUAGCAGUGAACCAAAUCUGGUAGGAACUGAUGAUUUUAUACAGUUAAGCUCUCAAGAGAUGCAAGCUCGGGAAGCUAGGAGUUGUUCAUUUGCUGAGCAUCCAGAUAUCUCCCGUGGAACGUCUACAGGAAAAAGACUGAAACGCAGCGCUUCUGCCAUCAAAGGUUCAAUAGGACGAGCAUUUGGAAGAUUACGGCGCCAUGCCAGCUUCUCUACCGUACAAUCAACAGAAGAGGGCGUACUUGUUGGUGAGAACAGACCUGGGUGGACUGUAGCAAGAAGUUUAGAACUGUCGAAUCGGGACCAUCCAAUGUGUGAAUGGGAAUGUGAUGCUGUUUGUCAGUGGUUGAGAGAUAUAGGGUUGGAGAUGUAUGUUGGUAACUGCAAGCACAAUAAGAUCAAUGGUUUGUCUUUUUUGUCAAUGGCUGAUGGCGAUUUUGAGCAAAUCUUCGUCUUGAAACAUCCCUUGCAUCGAAAGAAACUGAAGUUAGCUUUGCAGAACGUCUCAUUUGAAGAGCCUGAGAACUUAAGUUUGUUGGACCAUGAAUGGGUUGGUGCUUGGUUGGAAGAAGUAGGCCUUCCUCAGUACAAGCACUCAUUUAUGGAUGCUCGUGUGGAUGGGCAUGUAUUGAACGUGUUAACUUUGGAUGAUUUGGGCCAUCUGAAGGUAGUAAAUGACUUUCAUGCUGUCAGUUUGAAGAGAGCUAUUCAAUGUUUGAGACGGCACAACUUUAGUCGUUCAUAUUUGGUGGGACCAGUGAGUGAAGAUGUAUCAUCACCUGAGAGAGAAUACAGAUUUAGUGAGGUCACAGUAUGGAGCAAUGCUCGAGUUCGACAAUGGCUAGAAUGCAUUGAGAUGUCUGAGUAUGCUGGAAACCUAAAGGAAAGUGGAGUACAUGGUGCUCUAUUUACAUUGGAACCUCGAUUUAAUGUGGAUACAUUGGCUGCUACAUUGCAAGUGAAAGAGCUCAUUCGACGUCACCUUUCUCAGCAUUUCUCUCGUCUUGUUGGAGCUGCAUGUCUUGCAACGAAAAGGGAAGCUGAACAAACAAAAUCAUAUGUUCGAUUAGAGCCACAAACUAAGAGGUUUCGUCGUCGUUUACUGUCUAUCGGCAGCAUGCGAAGUCGUCAGAAGAUGGAGUUAGAGUGGAAACAAAUGUAUGUUUGUCCUCUUGAUCUUGACAUGCCGACAGCAGCUGUUACUGGUCGAGUAGCUAAAGAAGAUGAAGAUUAUGACAGUGAUUUGAGAACAGGCAUGCAACAUGCAGGGGGUGAAAGAAGAGAGCCAAGGAACAUGAAUGGGAAUGGCACUGGCUUUUCAGAUCGUAAUUCAUUUGGACCACCCCAGGCCAAGUCAAGUGAUAUUGAAGCCAUGUCACGUGAAAUGGAUUCUCUGACGGAAAUGAUCAACAAAGAAUUAGCCAAGAAGGCGACACCGUCACCUUUCACAUAAAGAUAUCAAUGUCUUCACAUGUGAUAAUUAAGACUCACGUAGGUACUGUUAAUUAAUAUGUAACCGCUUUGUAAAAUUGCACUUGUUCUUGUGGACUAAAAGUAUAUUCUCUAAAAGUA